UGACUAUAGUAGCCUAUAAAUAAUAAUAGCCUAUUUGAGUAGCCUAGCUGGCAAUCGACCUCACCGAUAUUAAAUGAAACUCGGAGCUGAUGAAGUUGGAGGCUUUACUGUGGCGCCCCCAUGUACAAGUCAGUGGUAGUUUAACCUCACUUUCCGUCUUUCGAUUCUUUUGUGGUAAGUGCUUGGACACGACCGAAAGCCUGUUUCAGUCGGUGUCCUGUGUAGGCUAACUCAAGACCUUAUGUUUAGUUCCUCAGAAACGGAACCAAAAAACAUGACAUUAUUGUAGAUUGUUCAUAGCCUGUAUUUUAAACUUGCCAACAGAAUCGGCCACUGCUGAAGGACUUACAACUGGUUCACUUAAAACUUUGGUAUAGACGACCGACGGAUGUGAGAACACUGCAUCUCUCAACACUGUUAGCUAUUCAAUUCUACGGUAACAUCGACUAGUAGGUUAGGGUGUUUGCCGUUCACUGCUGUAGUCGAAAAUCGGACUUGAUGUUUUUACUGAAAUGGACGUGAGAUUCUAUCCACCUCCGACACAGUCACAACUUGCAGCAGAACCUCCGCGACUGGGACCGUCACACUAUUUGGACUCUCCAUAUUGCAAUAAGUUUGAGAGUGACAUGUACAUGGGAAUGUCAGAUCCGGGCCAAGACUUUCUACCAGGAAACCAGUUCCGUGUCCCAGCCAGCCCCAGCCAGCAGAGCCAGCAGAGCAGCAAGCAGGCUGCAGGGCCGUGGAAGAGAGAGGCCUCCUCACAGGCUGAUGCCCAUCGUCUUCACUGGCAGUCCUACCCAGUACCCAGCCUUGGAGAUGAAGACUUCAACAUCCCUCCCAUCACACCCCCUACUCUGCCUGAACAUAUGCUGGCUUACCUGCCCGAGUCGGAGUCUGGAUCGUAUCACCCCCUGUGUCCCCCCUCUGCUUCACACAACGGACUGCACCCCUUCACACUGCAGGGCAUGGACCUGUCUGGCAUGCUCAGUCAAGAUGGUGGCCUUCUUCCCAGCUCUCUCUCUGUGAUGCAGCAGAUGGUCGACUCUGAGUCUAAAUACAACGGCCACCCCCAUCUGGAGGUCCUGAGGUCCAAGUGCCAAUCAAGCAUGGGUCAUCAUCAAGGCUCGCUGGCCGCCGUGAAGAAAUCACACCUGAAUACUCAGCUGGGAUUGUGUGGAAACCCCGUCAGCAAUGGUAGCAGUAGUUCCCCAUCGCCUCCUGGAAGCAAGUCAGCCACGCCCUCUCCAUCCAGCUCCGUGCACGAGGAGGAGGCAGAUGACUCUCUGAAGAUGAACGGAGCGGAGAAGAGAGCCGCCCCAGAGCAAGCCAAAAAGCCGAAGACGCCGAAGAAGAAGAAGAAGAGGGACCCCAACGAGCCACAGAAACCUGUGUCAGCUUAUGCCCUCUUCUUUCGGGACAGACAGGCUGCUAUUAAAGCACAGAACCCCAAUGCAACAUUUGGGGAGGUGUCCAAGAUCGUGGCCUCGAUGUGGGACGGCCUGGGUGAGGAGCAGAAACAGAUGUACAAAAAGAAUACUGAGACAGCUAAAAAAGAGUACCUCAAACAGCUGGCAGCAUACAGAGCAAACCUCGUCUCUCAGAGUUAUUGUGAGACAGUAGAUGUGAAAGGAUCACAGGCCUCUCAGAUCAUGGCCACCAAGCCACCAGGUUUCCCUAGCUCUGGACAUUCCCACCACUACAUGAGUCAUCCCUACCACCAGCAGCAGCACCAGCAGCAGCACCAGCAGCACCAGCAGCACCAGCAGCAGCCUGGCUUCAGUCCCCACCUGCCUGCCUCUAUGCAGGGGAUGUUGUCUCGAGGUGUGGUCCCUAGGCCCAGUGCAGCUAUGUCAGGAGGAGUGAUGAUGUCAGCCGCUUCACCGCCACCAGUUCAGAUCAGCCCUCCCCUGCAUCAGCACCUCAACAUACACCACCAGCAACAGAUGAGCUCUCACCACCCACUGCUACAGGGUUUCCCAGGUCAAUCGGAGUUCCAGAACACGAUCAAUGUCACAUCCUCUCCCCUGGACUAUCACUGCAGGAACACACCGGACUGGACUCCUGACUACGGCAGCACUGGUGCCCUGCAGAGAGAUAAAGCCUUGUACCUCAUCUGAUUGUAAUCAUCACCCCUAAAUCCUCCAUGAUCACAGAACCAAGGCAGUUCCACAUCUCAGCAAAUCUGUUCCAGAGCUGUUGUGUUUUUCCUCGCUUCAAUAUUUUGGCCUCAACUCAGGGGAAAAUACCAUCCUGAACAUGUAUUUGAAAUAAUUCUCUGUAGCUUAUCAUGAAAGAGGGUUGUGUCAAACAAUUACUAUUUAGAAAGCACUUAUGUUCUGUACAAGAGGGGGGCAUCACGAUCUCGCUGACAUUGCAAUUAACCAAAACCGUUUUUUGAAGAACACUGUAAUAGAAAGCAUGACUAUUAUAUUGCUCUCUCUCCCUCUCUCAGUACAUCUCAGUCUUUGAUGAUCUUUGCUAAUGCACUGCCUCAGAGACAGACAUGUUGUAAAAUGGCUGUUAAUAGGAGCUAUGAGUUCUGUAGAGGCUUGUUGUUGUAGCCCUCUGAUGUUGUAGCCCUCUGAUGUCUGUACAAUAUGUGUUAGAAUUGUUAAGAGUAUAAGAAUGAAAUAACUUUUUUUUAGUGAUUAUGAACUUGAAGGAACAGAUAUAAUUCAAUCAAAAGGGAUCAUGAAUCUGGAAAUGUUUACACAUUUUUCCAGACAUUUCACAGAUAUAAAGACUGAUGAAAAGGUGAAAGGGGGAUGUCAACGGAGGGUGCCGUGUUCUAAGUAUGCGAGAUUGAAAAAAAGUUUAUUUUGUACUCUACAAAAUACAUCUUUUUGUACCACAAACCACAAUAAUUCAAAUUGUCAUCCAGUAUCAUGUAUGAACAUAGUGUUUAUUCCACAGAGCGGACUGGGCGGAGGCUGUUACCUUGGCAUUCUUAAUGAUUCUUAAUAUUCCUCUACAGUCUACACUGUCUGUGCGGAGCAUUUUUAUAGUACGUGUUUGUGCCUAUUUAUGAAACAAAACCUUUAGGUGUUUGUAAUUAAUUAUGUUACAAUUCCAUAGUUGUAUUUCUGUUAAUUUGUUUCUUUGAUCAGGGCAACAGUUUGAAUAUUUCUUAUUUAGUUUUUAUUGUGUUUCAAAAAUAAAGGCAAACCUGUAUUUUGUGCAAUAAUA